AUGAGCCAUAUGAUCAGGGAGGUAGGAAGCAAAAUCCUUAUAACAACACGUAGUUGCAAUGUUUCAUCAAUUGUGAAAACUGUUUCAGAUAUUUCAUUGCAAAAGUUAUCAGAUGAUGAUUCUCUCCGUAUGUUUGUUCACCAUGCAUUAGGAGCAAGAGAUUUUAGUGAUCAUCUAGACUUGAAAGAAACUGGGUUGCAGAUUGUGAGGAAGUGCGAUGGCUUGCCAUUAGCAACUAAAACGAUCGGAGGGCUAUUGCACGGUAGGAUGGAUUGUGAUGCAUGGAAAGACAUACUAGAGAGUGAGAUUUGGAAUUUACCUGAAGCGAAGAGUGGCAUCAUUCCAGCUCUAUGGUUGAGUUACUGCCAUCUUUCUUCACAACUGAAACAAUGCUUUCCUUAUUGCUCUAUAAUCCCCAAAGAUUAUGAAUUUACGGAGCAAGAAAUAAUCCUACUAUGGAUGGCAGAAGGUUUCCUAAAUGAAGCAAACACUACACAGACUGAAGAUUUGAGUCGCAAGUACUUUAAGGAACUUGUAUCAAGGUCCUUUUUCCAAGUAUCUAGAAGGAAGAAAUCUCAUUUUGUAAUGCAUAACCUUAUUAAUGAUCUAGCUCAAUCAGUUGCAGGAAAAAUAUGUUUCAGAAUGGAGGGAAAUGAACAAAUGAAAUAUCCAAGACAUGUUCGCCACUCAUCUUAUAUUGCUGGCCAGUGUGAUGGUAUCAAACAGUUUCAGACCUUUUAUUCAACAACCAGUGUGUGA